AUGGCGACCCUGGCGGAGAAGCUUGAGAAGAUCAAGUCGCCCAAGUUGCAGAAUCAACAUCACACUGCUGUGGUGCUUUCUGCAGUGGAAGACACACUGCGCGACCAAAAAGCAGAUUUCUCACCAACGGCAUAUUUCGCGGCGCUUCUCGCUCUCCUCUCCCAAUCACUAUCCGCUGAACAAGGCAUUGUCAAUAAGGAUCUGGCAACGUCCGUGGUCUAUCUCCUCGACAUCACAAGCCCCUUUGCCCCCGAGCCAAUCCUCCGUUCCAAAUUCUCCCAGAUCCUCACCAGUCUCGCACCCGCGCUCUCCCUCCCCGAAGUCGAAGCCCCGCUCCUCAGACCCUCGAUUGGCUGCUUGGAAUCGCUUUUGAUCGGCCAGGAUGCUGCUUCGUGGAAUCUCCCUCAUACCCAGGUUGGACCGCGCCGGGCGACGGCCGGCUUGCUGAGUCUGGCCGUGGACCACCGUCCCAAGGUGCGGAAGAGGGCCCAGGAUGCUCUUGUUAAAGUUUUGCAGAAUCCUCCCCCAAGUCCAUCGCUCGACCACCCGGCUGCGGAUAUGUGCGCGGAGUCUGCACUGCGGACGUUGGGCGAUGGCAUUGCUGCGGUGUCGAAGCAGAAGAAGGGCAACCAGCGCGACAACCAAGACCCGCUUGUGAUUCAUUCGUUGCAGCUAGUGAAAACGGUUGCGGCGGCGGCGAACGGCUGGCCGAGUAAGAAGAUUGAGCCGCUGUGCGAGCUGUUAAUGCACGCGUCGCGGUCGAGCAAUGAGUUCAUUACGAUGGGUGCGUUUGAGGUCUUUGAGGUUAUCUUUUCGAGUAUGGCGGAUGACUUUUCGUCGUCGAAGUUGCCGCGUCUGCUGGAUGCGAUUUCGGAAUUGAAGCCUGCGCAGAACGACUCGCAGCUGUUGCCGCCUUGGAUCGCGGUGAUUUCGCGUGGAUACGACGUUGCGGCGCAGGUUAGCCCCGAGGAUACAUUUGCGAAGCUGCCGGAGUUGUUCGGUCUGAUCUCGAGUUUCUUGGCGUCGCCUUCGAGCAACAUUCGCAUUUCGGCUUCGGAAUGUCUGAUUUCCUUCCUAGCCAACUGUGUGCCUGCCAGCGUGAUCAUCGAGCCCUCCGUGUACGACGAGAAGACGCUGGAGAAGCUGGCCAAGGCCACCACCGACCUGCUCUCGAUCAAGUACCAGGCUGCCUGGGCGGAAGUCUUCAAUGUUUGCUCCGCCAUGUUCGACAGCUUCAAGUGGCGCUCGAGCCCCUACCUAACCGACAUCGUCAAGACAGUCGGCGAAUUGCGCGGCAACGACGCUUUCCAGGGUAAGAAGGAAGCCGACGAGGUCCUGGGCAGCGCCAUCGAAGCCAUGGGCCCCGCCGCAGUUCUCGAAAUUCUCCCCUUGAACAUCGUUGAGCAGAAGGCCGGCCAAUCCGGCCGCGUUUGGUUCCUGCCUGUGAUCAGAGAUCACGUUACGAACACCAACCUCGCACAUUUCCGCACCGAGAUGGUCCCUCUCAGUCAAUCUUUGUACCAGAGACUUAUGUCCUACGGCGCCGCUGAGAAGACGGUCGAGGCCAAGAUCUUCGAAACCCUCGUGCAGCAGACCUGGGCCACCCUCCCGGGAUACUGUGAGCUGCCGCUGGACUUGGUUGAAUCGUUUGACCAGGGCUUUGCGGAGCUGCUCUCUAAUGUGUUGUACAAGCAGACUGAGCUGCGGGCUGAUCUCUGCCGCGGUUUGCAGACAUUGGUGGAGUCGAACCAGGCCGUUCUGGAGUUGGAGAAGGAGGAGGAUGAUUUGAUUCUGCAGAGGAGAAUCACCAAGGCUGCCGCGGCUAAGAAUAUCAAGCAUCUUAGUGGGUUUGCUAGUAAUCUGUUGGCUGUACUGUUCAACGUCUACAGCCAGACCCUGCCUCACUACAGAGGUUUCAUCCUGCAGUGUAUCAAUGCUUACUUGAGCAUUACUCCUGAGAAGGAGCUCAACGAUACAUUCACCCGUGUCGCCUCGAUGCUGGAUUCUUCCGUGGCCUCGGAGCAGGAAGAAGCCCAGAAGCAGGGCAAGCAGCAAUCGAGCGGUGGUGACAAGAUGCCGCCUACAUCGCACACCCUGAUCGACCUGGUGAUCGCGAUGUCAGUCUACCUCCCCCGGUCCAGCUUCACCAGCCUGUUCGCCAUGGCCGCGGCCAUCCUGAACGGCCAGACCGGCGACCAGCAACUCAUCAAGAAGGCCUACAAGCUGAUUCCCCGUCUUGCCUCGACGGAAACCGGCGCAGCUGCUCUCCGCGAACGCAGCGGUGAAUUGCAGUCUCUCAUCUUGACCACGGCAGACAAGACGCCCUCGUCGGCCCGUCGCGAUCGUAUGCUGGCCAUCCAUGAGUUGGUCGCACACCUCCCCAGCUCGGACCUGCACUUCAUCCCCAGUGUCCUGUCUGAGGUCGUUCUGGGCUGCAAGGAAAGCAACGAGAAGGCACGCACCGCUUCCUUCGAGCUUCUCAUUCACCUGGCCAAGCGCACCAUCGACACCGAACAGAACCCACCAGGCACCAAGAUCCGCAACUCGCUGGUCCCCCACAUGCCCGACAACGCACCCGAUGCUCUCGCCACGGUCGAAGAGUUCUUCACCAUGGUGUCCGCCGGUCUGGCGGGUAGCUCUCCGCACAUGGUCGCCGCGUCAGUGACAGCGAUGUCGCGACUGUUCUUCGAGUUUCACACAGAACUGCAGCCAAACGUGCGCUCGGACCUCGUGCAGACCAUCGAGCUGUUCCUGACCAGCAACAACCGCGAAAUCGUCCGGUCGGUUCUGGGAUUCGUUAAGGUCGCUGUUGUCGUGUUGCCGGAGGACCUCCUCCGCUCGCGACUGGCUUCGCUCGUCCCGAACCUCAUGGCCUGGAACAAGGAGCACAAGGGCCGUCUCCGCAGUAAGGUCAAGGGUAUCCUCGACCGAUUGAUGCGUCGCUUCGGCGCACCCCUCAUCGAGAGUCUCGUCGGCGAAGCAGACCGCAAGCUCGUCGUGAACAUCCGCAAACAGCGCGAGCGAAGCAAGAAGAAGAAGAAGGCCGCCGGCGACGACGAAGACGAAGACGAAGACGACACCACCGCCAACGCCAACGCCAACACCAACACCAAGACUGCCCCCGCCGAGCAAGAAAAAUCCUACAACAACGCCUUCGACAAAGCAGUCUACGACUCCGACUUCUCAGACUCCGACCUGGACUCCGACGCGGACGCCAGCGAAAUCGAAGUCGACGAGCAAGGCUCCCUCCACAAGGGCGGCAAAAAACCCAACAAAAAGGCAGCCGCAGGCAAGCAAAGCGAACAAUACAUCCGCGAACUCUCGCCAGAGGAUAACCCGCUCGACCUCCUCGCCCCGAACGCCCUCGCCAACAUCUCCACCACAAAGCCCAGCGUGCGCUUCCUCAACACCGGCCCUGGUUCGAGAAAGAAGCAGCGCAACGCCAAGGUCGGUCCUGAUGGCCGUCUCAUCUUCGGCGAUGACGAGGAUGAAGAUGCCGAUAUCGCCGGAAACGAUCCCUCUGGUGGUGGUGGUGUGAAUGCCUAUCUCGCGGCAGUUAGCGGCCCCGACGCCGCGCGCCGCGGACAGAAGGGUAAGGUCAAGUUCUCGCAGAAGAACAAGGGCGGUGAUGGGAUGGAUAUCGAUGAGGAUGGUGGAGUGUCCAAGGAGGAUUUGCAGGCUGCGGCUGCCAAGGCUAAUGCUAAUUCUGGGAGAAAGGGACUGGGAGCAGCCAAGGCUCAUGGUCCCAGUGCUGCGCGGGUGCAGAAGAAGAAGGGGAAUCAUGGAGGGAAUAGGCAGCAGCCGCAGCGGAGGAGGCGUUAA